AUGCAGAUUCUACUUCGAAACAACCUGGUGUUCGACAUAUCAAAGGUCGACACCAUGGUGUUUGACUGUUUAAUGUGCUGGACCAGCAAGUCCGUUACCGAGGACCCCAUUAACGCCGCGUCCACCAACAAUGCCGCCGUGUCCAGCAACACCGUGCCCCCCAACGAUGCCACUGUGACCAGCAAGACCGUUACCAAAGACUCCAUUGAUGCCACGUCCACCGACGAUGCCACCAUGUCCAGCAAGACCAUGUCCACCAACGAUGCCUCCAUGACCAGCAAGUCCGUUACCGAAGACUCCAUUGACGCCAUGUCCACCAAUAAUUCCACCGUGACCAGCAAGUCCGUUACCGAACACUCCACUGAUGCCACGUCCACCAACGAUGCCACCAUGUCCAGCAAGACCAUGUCCACCAACGAUGCCUCCAUGACCAGCAAGUCCGUUGCCGAAGAGUCCAUUGACGCCAUGUCCACCAACAAUGCCACCGUGACCAGCAAGUCCAUUACCGAACACUCCACUGAUGCCACGUCCACCAACGAUGCCACCAUGUCCAGCAAGACCAUGUCCACCAACGAUGCCUCCAUGACCAGCAAGUCCAUUACCGAAGAGUCCAUUGACACCAUGUCCACCAACAAUGCCACCGUGACCAGCAAGACCGUUACCAAAGACUCCAUUGAUGCCACGUCCACCGACGAUGCCACCAUGUCCAGCAAGACCAUGUCCACCAACGAUGCCUCCAUGACCAGCAAGUCCGUUACCGAAGACUCCAUUGACGCCAUGUCCACCAAUAAUUCCACCGUGACCAGCAAGACCGUUACCGAACACUCCACUGAUGCCACGUCCACCAACGAUGCCACCAUGACCAGCAAGACCACGUCCACCAACGAUGCCGCCAUGUCCAACAAGUCCGUUACCACCAACAAUGCCACCGAAGGAACCAGAGCCUUUACCGUAUCCGUAGUUGUUAUAGCCGUAGCCUUUUCCUGCAAUACCACCGUUGUUGAAACCGAAACCGAAAGCACCAUUUCCAAGACCUCCACCGAUGAGAGGCACCUGAGCCAGGGUGGAGCACACCAGCACGGAUAA